UGGAAUCUAGCUACUAGCCUAGUAUUUCUAUAUUAUCAUCACCUAAUCAUAUGCAUUAAUUGAUUGACAUAAAUAAAAUUUUACUAUUAAUUAGGAGAUCUUGUAUGUUAUGGCAAAUUCUACUGCAUCAAUGGAAGAAGUGGGAAUUUUACAACUAUUUGAUAAAUUUGGAGUAAAUUUUAAUUCUGAAUUGUUUGAGAAAAUUGGGGUUGUUUCAAUUUGUUUGAUUUCCUCAUAUUUGUUGAUCAAACAUAUUUGGGGGUCUAUUAAAAUGGAGAAAGAGCCUAUUAGAGUCCUUAUUACUGGUGCUGCUGGGCAAAUUGGGUACGCUUUGGCUCCUAUGGUCGCUAGAGGAUUAAUGGUUGGUUUAAACCAGCCGGUUAUUCUCCAUUUGCUUGAUAUUGAACCGGCUACUCGUGCCUUAAAUGGGGUUAAAAUGGAACUACUUGAUUCAAAUUUUCCUCUUCUUAAAGGAGUUAUAGCCACAACAGAUGUAGAGGAAGCAUGCGAAGGCGUGAACAUAGCCGUAAUGAUUGCUGGAAUUCCAAGGAAGGAAGGGAUGGAAAGGAAGGAUGUUAUGUCUAAGAAUGUUUCAAUUUAUAAACACCAAGCUUCGGCUCUAGAACAACAUGCUUCUGAUAAUUGCAAGGUGGUGGUAGUAGCGAAUCCAGCAAAUACAAAUGCAGUAAUAUUGAAGGAAUUUGCACCUUCAAUUAAUGAAAAGAACAUAACAAGCCUUACAAUGCUUGAUCAUAAUAGAGCACUCUAUCAAAUUUCUGAGAAGCUAAAUGUUAGUAAUAGUGAUGUGAAGAAUGUAAUUAUUUGGGGAAAUCAUUCUUUGACAAUGUAUCCAGAUCUAAAUCAUGCUACUGUUUCUUCACCAAAUGGCUACAACUUUGUUCGCAAACUUGUAGCUGAUCAACACUGGUUAAACACAGAAUUUAUGAAGACAGUACAGCUGAGGGGUGCAGAAUUAAUGAAGGCACGUAGACUAUCAAGCGCAUUAUCAGCUGCAAGUGCAGUCUGUGACCACAUUCACUAUUGGCUUCUUGGAACUCCUAAGGACACGUGGGUUUCAAUGGGGGUUUACUCUGAUGGCUCAUAUGGUAUUCAAUCUGGUCUUAUCUACUCUUUUCCUGUCACUUGCAAGGAUGGUGAAUGGUCCAUAGUGCAAGGAUUGAAGAUUGAUGAGUUUUCGAGGGCGAAAAUGGAUGCAACAGAGAAGGAGCUCAUUGAAGAGAAAGCAUUAGCAUAUUCUUGCCUACAUGCAAGUGAUCAUUUUCAGCAAUCAGAAUCGCUUAAACUUCAUAUAUAAAUUAAUCCUACUAUCAAACAUUAGCGACUAGCUAGGGUAUAAUUGUUUUAUUAUACUUUAUACAUAUAUUUAUCUUGUAACCUUAACUUUGUUAAUAAUUUGUAAAUAAAUAUACUCUGUUAAAUAUUAGCGGCCCUACUCUUGAUAAAA